AUGAAGACUCCGAUGUUUUUCACUCUUCUCUCGUUCGCUCAGAUUCUUCUCAUUGCCAUCCCCCCGCUCGGAUCCGCCGACCUCGUGAGCUGCACGUGCAAGAAGACACCAUACGCCAUAUUAUGUGCCACGGCUCUCCGGUUUGACCCCCGGAGCUCCACCGCCGACACCAAAACUCUAGGCCUGAUCAUGGUUGACAAGGUCGAAGCGCACGCCAAGUCGACGUUGACCACAAUCAAGCACUUGCGUGGUAAAGCCCCCCACCCGAGGACAAAGCAAGCAUUGACCUCUUGCGAGCAGUCGUACAGAAUCAUCCUAAGCGCAAUGGUGCCACCGAGCAAGGAAGGUUUGACGAAAGGCGACUACAAGUUCGCUGUGGAGUACAUGAAUGCCGCGGCAAACGACGCACCGGAGUGCGAAGCAGGCUUCGGAGGCUCGAAGUCACUGUUAAAUAUGUCUCGAGUUUAA